GUCUGUCUAUUUCUAUCAAUCCAUCCUAGUUAUCUUUAUAUUUUUGUCAGUCUCAUGUCAAAUUAUUUGCAACUAUGCUGAUUCACGACACGUUAACCAGGGGUCUUUAGUGGUUGAAUAGUGACAGGCGGAGUGUCACAGACACAGAAAAGAUUCUCGUCUGACACAGAUCUGCAGAGAGAAAAAGAGAGGAAGGCAGCGGGAUAGUCUAUAUCAACGAUUUUGGCAACUUCUCCUAAAUAACAAAAAAAAAAAAAGUGGCUUUUCCUGCAAGGACACAGAUCCUGCUUAUCUACUCUUUUCCUCCUUUGAUAAAUCCCAGCUGCGUUCUAAUUUCCGUUGUUAUUUUUUUUUCGACAAAAACUAGACACGGAGAAAUGUAAGUCAAGAAGAUUGGUUGGGUGCUCAUUUACUUUCAUUCCAAGUCAUUAAUCGUGUUGGAUAUGUUUAAAUUUAAAGAAUAACAUCUAUAAGAACAAGCAAGCAAGCAAUAAUAACCAACAGAUAUACUACACCGUUUGGAAUACAAGACGGAUUUCUAUGGACAUGACAAAUAGAUAUUUGUAGGGUUGAUUGUAUCACCUGGGGGAUACGGGAACCCAGAGAGGGAGAUGUACCAAAGCCUCGCAAUGGCAGCAAACCAUGGAGCCCCUUCCUAUGAGGGUUCGGCCAGCUUUAUGCACAACGGGACCAUCACAUCCCCAUUCUAUGUGCCCACUACCCGGGUCACCUCUAUGACACCCGGGCCACCCUACCUCCAGACUACCACCUCUUCACAGCAAGGUAUCCCAGUCCUCAGCCCCUCUGUGUGGGCGCAGCCUGGCGCAAACCCGGUUGCUACCUACAACCCAGUCGACUCCUCUUCCCAUCAUUCUCCGGUGCCUUCCCGCUUCACCCUCUCCACAAAUCACAUAACGCCAACAGCUGCAGCAGCAGCUCGAGAAAGAGAUGCCUACACCAGCUCUCUAAACAUCACUUCCAACGCCAGUGAGUACGUUAACAGAGGCCUUAGCGGUUCCUACCACACCUCCUACCCCGCCUAUGUAAGGCCAGACAUGGUGGCAGCUUGGAUCGCGUCCCCCUUUGACAGCUCUGUACUGCACCUGCAAGGUCGGGACGAACCGAUGCCAGCCAGACAUUCCAAUAUAGCACACAUGGCUCAACGCAGACGACAUUCCGACGACAGAUGUCCCCAGGCGACGGUGAGCCCAGGCGAGGCAGAGCCAGCGGCCACAGGGGAAGUACAGCCAGCGACCACAGAGCUGUUUGAUGACUUUGCAGAGGGGCGGGAAUGUGUGAACUGUGGCGCAAUGUCCACUCCACUCUGGAGGCGAGAUGGAACCGGGCACUACCUGUGCAACGCCUGCGGACUCUACCACAAGAUGAACGGCAUCAACCGUCCACUCAUCAAACCUCAGCGCCGCCUGUCUGCCUCUCGGAGGGUGGGUCUGUCUUGUACCAACUGCCACACCACCACCACCACACUGUGGCGCCGUAAUGCAGAGGGGGAGCCCGUCUGUAACGCCUGUGGCCUCUACAUGAAGCUCCAUGGGGUACCUCGACCACUAGCAAUGAAAAAGGAAGGGAUCCAGACUCGCAAAAGGAAACCCAAGAACCUAAAUAAACCCAAACUCGCAGGCUCAGGCAGCCUCACUUGCAGCACCACUCCCAACCCCAGCAGCGAGGAGCUUCGGCAAAUCAAAACAGAGCCUGACAUCGCACCCCAAUAUACACAGCACAGCACUCUAUCGCAGACGUCUUCUCACCCUGGUCACAUGACUAUCUAGCGCAGCCCCACUUCUCACAAACUGGCAACGGGUAACCAUGCUGGGACCCCCAACUCCAAACCUGAGCCUUGGAGCAACAUAGUCCUGGUGUAGAAGAUCCCAGAACCUUGUUUGACUUUCCAGACCAAACCGGAUCAAAGUAACUGAGCCCAGCAAGCACCUUGACUGUUGACAAGCAGAGGAGUCCCAUCAUAGCCACCCACCUGAACUAACAGAGCAGUGCACAGCACAGGACUGGCCUGGAUCAAAGUUAGAUCUGUUCCAAAAGUCUCCAUAUUUUCUUUCCAAGUCUUCAUCUCACCAAAGUUCUCUGUGUAUUCUUAAUGCUCUCAACCCCUCACAAAGACCAACCCUUUCCAGUCUCUUCAUCACGGCAAAGAUCUUCAAUAGAUUUGUGGAUUUGUGUUUAUAACCCUAACCGUAACCAUCUGCUGUGAGUCCUCAACCUCUCCCCAAAUCUCUAGCCCCUUCCUACCCUUUACUACUUUACUUUCUGCAUAGAGCAGACAUGAGUACUGGUUCUGUACCUGCAUUGCAGUGAUUGGGGUGCAUUGUGAUGCCCUCUCUGGGGUAGGGAUGUAUGUCUCAGGACUGGUGAUUUCUAGCUUGCAAGUGACCCCUUGGUAUACAACUUUCACCAGUGCAGGGAUGUUCAGAUAUCCCUGGAGGUGUUCAGACUAGAACAUGAGGGAGGUCUCAGUCUCUCACCCUCUGUGUCCAUUAUAACUGGUCAAUAUUUUUCUUUAUGAACAGACUUCAUUCUUCCAGCAGAGUUGGGAAGUUUAACAGUAAAAAUGCAGUUGAAUCAGUGUUUUCCUUAUUCCUUUUAUUUGUGUGAUGAUGUUUUGAUUUUAAAUUAGCAAUUGCGUUCAUAGUUCUUCGUGAAUCAACGCCAUCAUACACAGCUGACUGUGAACAGGGUUUAGGUUUCAACAUAAACUGUAAUGAAUACACUGUUGCACAAUUGUUACAUUUUCAUGUGACUACCUAGUUUUAAUUUAGUUUGACAGCGGUCACACACAACAUUUUGCAACCAGUCUCAUCAUUUUGGAUAUAUUUGAUUUUUGUGGUUGUUUUUAUUGUGCAUGGAGGGGAGAGGGUUCAGAUAUAAUCAUUAGAAUGUUGGGAACCUCAGACAUUUUAUAGGGUUUAAAAUACUAUAAACCUAAUGGAACCUUGGGCACUUUUCAGCCAAUCAUGAUACAGGAUUAUUGCCUAGUAAAUUGUUGUAGCUAACAAAAUAUUUCCAUAAAUCCUUUAACAGAAGUUUUUAUUAAACAAAUCAGUUCUGUUUCAUUGUUAUCUCCACCCGUGUCCCCAACAUGUCCAUCAGAAUCGGUAACCACUUCCAGAACCUAGAAGAAAAUGAAGUGCAGUAUUAAUUCUUUUGAUAACAUCUGAUUUUAAUUUCAACCUUCAAUGGGGUCAUUCACUCUUUGAAUUCUCUUUUAGCUUCACCUGGUGAUGUCUGCCUACAUGAUGCAGAAAUAUAGUUGCUUCUUUUAUUUCAACGAUUUGUUUCAUUGUAAUAAUUAUGAUUAUUAAUUUGCAAGAUCUCUAUUGAAACAUAUAAAGUGCAGAUCCUCCCUUUGUCUCAACACAAACACAUAUCUUACUGUAAUUAAAACAUCACCCAUUAAACUACAAUUGACAAUGCUUUUCCUGCAGUUCCAAGAACCACCACUGAGUGACAGUGUAUAACAUGUAUUGUAUACACAGCAUUUACCAAUUCCCUAUGUACCCUUGUGUAACAGGGGUGACCUGCGCUGACUCUCCAGGCGCAUUGAUAGUGCUGCAGGGAGAGGGCAGCAGCCCUACAAUAUCUGCCUGUCAGUCACGGCAUUGACACAGACAGGUGGGAAAGACGGUGUGUGGGCUUUCCCUCUCUCUGAGUGGCUGAGGGGCUGGCUUUGGGGGGGUUGCUGCACCGAUAAAAUGAUGCUCUGGGGUUCCCUCAGGUCUGACACCCCUGAGUCGAAACGAGCCAGCCACUUGGCAGAAGCUCUACCGCCGGACCGAGCAUGGCUGGAUGAAAGAAAGAAAACAAAACAAAUCAUUAAUUAAAAAGAGAAAGGAAAAACAAACAACCAAAAGAAAAGACAAAGAUUAUAGAGAUCGGGGAAUCUUUGGGCAGACACUGAGUGUGUAUAGGUGGAGGGAACACCGCAGUGUAGGACAGAGACCUGGGCCGUGAGGAUAGCGACAGUCGGGGUAACCCUGCCGAGUUCAGCACCUUUAUUUUGUAGUUUUACUACUCUGUUUUAUUUUUCCUUUUUCUUUCGCCUUUUGUCCUUUAUGAUUUGUAUUUCCAGAGCACCUGCAAGUGCACAUGCAUUGUAUUGUGUAUCUGUAUUGGUAUAGUCAUGGUCUUGUUUACCGUUGCCGGUACUCAAGCCACGGACAACAGCGCACUCUGUGGGUUGAAAUAAAUCCGUGUGCCUGAGCGGCAUUACGAAUAAA